AUGCCAUUUUCAACAGGGGAAUUGGUUGCUGCCUUUGCACUCGGCACAGCUGUGUACGUGCUGUUUUUCAAUCGCGGCGAACACCAUCUCCAUCCAGAGCGCUAUCUCAUCGCUUUCGGCGCCGCGGUGUCUGCAACGAUAGCUCUACUACAUUUCCAUCAUCAUCUCCCGAUAUUCGAGGUCUUGCGCAUAACGAUCAAUCUGUCGUUGUCGUUUCUGGCCGGUCUUUACUCAAGUGUGCUCUUCUACCGCCAAUUUCUUCAUCCCUUGAAUAAAUUUCCCGGUCCUUUUGGCACUCGGAUUUCUGCAUUGUUCUUGUCUGUAAAGUUUUCCAAGGCCGACAGUUCGCGCCAGUAUCUGCAAUUGCACAAGAAAUAUGGCGACUUUGUCCGCACUGGCUCUUCAGAUCUGUCCAUCGUCCACCCAAAGGCUGUCCAAGCCAUCUACGGUCCUGGUACGGCAUGUACCAAAGGUGAUGCUUACGAUGUAACUCACCCCGUGGUAUCCCUACACAGCUUCCGGGAUAGACAACUGCACGACAAUCGUCGUCGAAUCUGGAGCGCCGCCUUUGGCGACACUGCCUUGCGUGGGUACGAAAAGCGUAUCCGGAAGUAUCGGGACAUGCUAAUGGCAACCUUCGCCGCAUCAGAAGGGAAACCAGUCAAUGUCGUGCAGUGGUUCAACAACUAUUCCUUUGAUAUCGUGGGUGACUUGGCGUUUGGUCAGUCAUUUGAUAUGCUCAAGAAGGAUGAGUUGCAUUGGUCUGUUCGACUUCUAGCGGAAGGGUUUGAGCCGUUGGCGUAUGGUCUUCCGACUUGGGUCUUCCGACUUGGACAGGUUAUUCCCGGUGCGACCAAGGAUUGGUUCAGGUUUUUGGAUUUUUGCCGUGAGCGGAUGCUCACGAGAAUGCAGAAUACCCCUGACAUUCCGGAUAUUACUUCUACGCUUUUGGCACCUCUAGAAGGAAAGAAGGUGUCCAAGGAAGAUUUGAAUUUGUUGGUCGGUGAUUCUCAGCUCAUGAUGGCUGCUGGAGGUGACACGACAGCCACGACACUGUCCAGCAUUAUCUACGAACUUUGUUUACAUCCCGAGCAGAUUGACACACUGCGCGAAUUGGUUGCGCCGUACAUGACCGAUCCAUCCGGAGACGUCUUGAACGAGAAAAUUUCACAUAUCGAGCACCUCAACGGAGUGAUCUAUGAAGCACUCCGACUUCAUCCUCCUGUUCCAGGAAUUAUUCAACGCAAGACACCACCGGAAGGAAUCUGGAUUGACGAUAUCCAUGUUCCGGGGAAUAUGUUUGUUUUUUGUCCACAAUACGUUCUGGGGCGAAGUGAGGCAAUCUACGAGAAACCAGAAGAAUUCAUCCCAGAGCGCUGGUACUCCCGCCCAGAACUCGUCAAGGAGAAAAGCGCCUUUGCGCCCUUCUUAGCCGGAACAUACGGUUGUAUCGGACGACCGCUUGCAAUGAUGAAUCUGCGAAGCACGCUGGCACGACUUCUUACCACGUUUGAUAUCAAGUUCGCCGAAGGUGAGGACGGUAGCACUUUCGAUGGGAAGUCGACGAAUCACUUUUUGUGGGUUCCGGGAGAUUUGUAUAUUUCUUUUACCAAGCGUGUUUAG